UUGUUCUCCGUCAUCGAAAGUACGAAAGAACCGAUUUUCUCCUAUGAUCUUUUGAAAGGAUGGGAACAAAAGGACGAAAAGAAGGAAUUCAUGAACCUUAUCAACAGCCUUCCUGAUUGCAACAAAACACUCUUCCACAUGAUCACUGGAUUCUUCACAGAAGUCUUGAAGAAGUGGAAAGCUGACGGAAUUCAAGCAGAUGUUCCAACAAUUAUAUCAUAG